AUGGCCACCAUGAGCGACUCGAAGCAGUUCAAGCAAGAUCUUGUCGUCUCUAUCCGCUAUCGAAAUGACCUCCCUGCUCCCCCUAUGCCCCCUAAGCUCCUCGACAUCGACACUGGUGGUCUUGCACAAUACCUCACAACCGGCUAUGCCUCUACCCUUGCGAAAAGGGAAGAACCCAACAUAGAAGUCGAUGCUGAGGGAGGAAUGCCCAUCGACAUGAUCGGUGUUCCUGGUUAUUUCCUGGGUGACGAAUCUGCAAUUAUGGCAUCUGAUGUCCAACCAGUCAUCGAACCAGCCGACCAAGCACUCCUUCUCACUCUCGACCAACUCAAAAGUCAAGGCGCGAUGGACAAUGUCUCUUUUCUACGCAAAACUCAAUACAUGAAUUCAGGACAGCUUUCCCGAGCCCCAGACGCUCUUUUGAGACCUGGAAACCCCAAAACCAAAAGACCGGCAGACCCCAAAAACGUACCCACACCAGUCGCCAAAGACGACAAGGAAAAUAUCAGAAGACACAUUCAAAAAGGCUUCAAUCUAGCAUACCCCGAAAGCGUCCCUUACAACCCUCCCGAAGCAAAAGCAAACCCAAUCACACCACAAGAAAGAGAUGUCUGGAGAAAUCCCAUUCAUCCAGACAAUCCACGGUUAAAGCCAGUGGGCUUCUACCCAGUAAUACCCGACCUCCAGGCUGAGACUGAUCUCGGUGGUUCGUGGUAUGCCCUGAGGUUUGAAAAACCUCCUUUACCACCAUACCGAGGGCGCAAAGACGAUCGCUUGGAUGCUGCUCUGUUAAGUGGCAUGGAAAAUGAGGAAAAACAUGCUGAAUGGGCCAUUAAAAGGAAGGCCUUCGAGGAACAACCUGAGCUUUACGAAGACCCAGGACCCGAGCCAUAUACCUGGACAUUAUUUGUUCCCAAACAACCUGACUCGGGUUCUCGAUAUCAUCAGAUAUUUGACGAUUCAAAUCCAAGCAAGGACGAUCCCAAACUCGUCGACCGCCUUCUUGAAGAAUCUGCGGACGGAACACUCAGACUGCCUUUUGAGCGAGCACGCAUCUACCCCACUAAUAAACAAACAUCCCUACAUCAGGAUGAGGCGAUGGCAAUAGCUAUCGUCGAUCCAGACAAAUUGCCCUCCCAUUCUCGAUUUCGCAAACAGGGUCCAGCAGCAUAUUACUACCCCAUUGUGGAACGCAUACGCUUCAAAGCUGAUAGAGGCAACUUGGGCAAAACGCCGUCGCAACCACAAUCCCGGCAGUUGGAUGAGGAAGUCGCUGAUCAAGUAAUGGUUUCAUUCCGUGAACCCAACCCCUCGGAAGCAUGGCGUCGCGCCCAGUUUCUCGGACAAUUCGACCCAUCAUUCGAGGCCAAGUACGAAGAAUUGGCUCGUGCGAAUGAAGAAUUCGAAGAAGCCGCCCGUGCCGAGGAGAUGUUGCGGGAGCAGGACGCACAAGAUGUCGCAAUGGAAGAUGCUGACGAUGCUGACGGAGCCGAGGUCGGCACGAAUGGGGACACACACAAGGAUAUAGAUGACGAUGAUCGUGGGAGCAGUUCACCCCCCCCUGGAACAGGGAGGGUCAAUGGGCAUGGCCGCGGAAGACCAAGCGCGGAUGAUGAAGAUGGUGAUGAUGGCGAUGAAGAUGAUGAGAUGCAGGACGAUUAG